AUGGGCUCGGCUUUGUGCACACGGGACGAUGACUUGACUUGCUGCACGCAGUCCACCGUGCAUGACUGUCUCUUCCCUCUGUGGGCAGUCAAAGUGUCUGAUUUCUUGAAGAUGCGCGGGCCCCCUGAACCACACAAUGUCCUGCAAGAGCAAGGGUUGCUCCACCAGUGGUAUCCUGGCAUGUUUGUCAUCUUCGUGUCGCACCAGUGGCUGAGCUCCGUGCACCCAGACCCAAAGGGUCAGCAGGUGCAAGUCCUUCAGCAAGCGCUUCAGGGGAUAAUCGACGGAACUUUAGACGUGCAUGAGUCCAUCGUAGCUCGGACAGACGACAAAAGCCUAUCAGACAACUUGCGUCGGCACGUAGCCGCCGGCUUCAUUUUCUUCGAUUGGCUAUCUAUCCCGCAAAUCACAGCACGCCAGCACGGAGUGAAUGAGGAGACGACGAAAAGCGAUGCGGUUCUGGCUGUGCAAAGCAUUCCAGCGUAUGUGGAGCUCUCAAAUAUGUUCAUUGCGCUUGUGCCAGAGCUCUUACACAAGGAUUCAUCAGCCUUGGUCAACUACGCGACGUGGCUGUCUAGGGGGUGGUGUCGCGCAGAGUUAUGGUGUCGACUCUUGUCAAACAAAGCGGACAAUUCUGUCAUUGUCGUGUACUCCGCUACCGAAGCUGAGUUCAUGUUCCCGCUCGACUGGCAACACAACAGCAUCGUGGAGGGGAAUUUUACGGUGGAGGCAGACCGCGCGCAAGUUGUCCGCCUCGGUGAAGUUGCAGUGGAAAGCAAGAUUCGGCACUUGCAGGCCAGCGGCCCUUUGAGCCAGUACCGCUUCUAUGCCGCUUUGCGUCCCCAGCUUUUGAAUCGUCCGAGGGAGGACAGGGAGGUGAGCAAAUUCUUGCGCGACUUCCGCUUUGACACUUGGGUCGAUGCCGUGCAAGACCAGAGCAACAUGAAUGCUGUUAUGUGUGCGACCCUCUCUGGUGACAGUGGCAUGCUCCGACUUCUAGCCAAGAGCCAUGCUGACAUGAACCACAGCCUGGAAGGCAUGUCUGACUUGGGAUAUUACGACACGCAGACGGCACUAAUGGCUGCUACGAAGUCACGGCAAGAAGCCUCCGUGCUUGCCACCCUCAUCGAGUGCCGGGCUGAUGUGAACGGCAAGGCAAGGACUGGGCUGCCUGCGCUGUACAUGUGCCGCUCACCCGAGCAUGUGAAGCUGUUGCUCGAUCUCCGGGCCGACAUGCCGCACUUUGCGCUGAGUGGCGCUGCAUCUUUUGCUGGGCCCGAAACCGUGCAAGAGCUCCUCUCCCACCGAUGCGAUCCCAACAAGACUGGAGAAAACAGGUAUCAUCCUCUUUCCGCGGUGGCACUGUUUUCGCGCGGCAAUUGCAAAGCAAUCGAGUCGGCAAAGCUUCUUCUGGCGUACCGAGCAGACGUCAACGCUCGCACCGUGCUCACGGGACAAUUGUCAUGGCUUUGCUGGGCUGCCCAGGUCAAGAUGUCAGUCCUGGGUUUUUCCAACUGCAACAUGUUCACACGACUUGGUGCCUCCAUGGCUGGGCUUUCUCCCUUGGGCUACGCAGCCCUGGUGGGUCAUGAGCAACUGGCGCAGCUCUACUUGGAUCAUGGGGCAGAUUCUCUUCCAAACGAGCGGGGUGAUCUGCCUGAGGAUCUAGCGCGCAACAAUCACCAUCACCAUCUACUGCCUUCAUUGGCCACAUUUGCGACCUAA